AGCCUCUUCAACGACUUUGUUUUCUGCUCGAUCUGGUUUUGUUACCAGCUCAAUGCACACGUCCUGAACCCAGGACUCUCUCUCCCCUUUCCCCUAGUGGCAUGUCCAGCGGCAUUGAAGUCCCCGGCCAACGACGUCCCGGCAUUUGGUCCUACUUUAGUUUCGCGGGCACACGGCGACGACCGCUCUCCGUCUCCCUGCCACGCACCUUCGACCCCCAUCGCGAUCCUCACGACAAGACAGACCGACGCCGGUCAAACAACUCGAACGGCUUCAUGAGUGACUUCAAGACCUCCGCGAACAUGAACCAGGGGCAGCGGGUGCGCUACCUGAAGACGGGCGGCAUCAUCGCCUUCAUUGUGCUCGUCUUAUAUUUCGUUGCGCCCCGGAGUGGCCUGUCGACGGCUGUAGACACAUCAGGCGGCAACACAGCAGCGGGCGGCGUCGCGGCAAAAUGCGUCAAAUCCUUCUCCAAGGACAAGCCGCUGAUCCAGUACGCGCUCAUGAUCGACGCCGGCAGCACAGGCUCCCGCAUCCACGUCUACAAGUUCAACAACUGCGGCCCUAGCCCUGAGCUCGAGAGCGAGAUCUUCGAGCAGACGCCCAAGAAAGAUGGUGGCUCAGGCCUGUCGUCGUACGGCGCUGAUGCCGAGGGCGCCGCCAAGAGUCUGGAUGUCCUCCUCGAUGUGGCGGUGAAGAACGUACCCCCGGAGUACCAAGCAUGCACGCCCAUUGCCGUCAAGGCCACGGCUGGUCUGCGCAAGCUCGGCGAGGAGAAGAGCAGCAACACCCUCGCUGCUGUCCGUAACCGUUUGGAGAACGCCUACCCGUUCCCUCUCGUCUCUGAAGAGAGAAAUGGUGUCGAAGUCAUGCCCGGUGAGAUGGAGGGCGUCUACGCCUGGAUCACAAUCAACUACCUACUGGGCAAGGUUGGAGGACCCGACAAGAACCCCACAGCCGCCGUUCUCGACCUCGGCGGCGGCUCCACGCAAAUCGUCUUCGAGCCUACCUUCCCUGACAGCCCCCGCGGCGGUCUGCCCACCGAACUCGCAGAAGGCGACCACAAGUACAAGCUGGAAUUUGGCAGCCACGUCUUCAAGCUAUACCAGCACUCGUACCUGGGCUACGGGCUAAUGGAAGCGCGCAACAACCUCCACAGCACCAUCCUCGACUCCCUGUACACACAAAACAAAGACUCAGGCAGCAAAGCAUACCUCGACAGCCCCAUCGUAAACCCCUGCAUCGCGCCCGGCAUGAGCCGCGAAGUCAACGUAGCCAUGCCAGCCGACCACCCCCUCGGCGCAACCGUAAAAGUAAACAUGACAGGCCCCCUCACAGCCGCCCCCACGCAGUGCCGCGGCUGGGCAGAGAAAACCCUGCACAAAGACGACGAGUGCAAAAUCGCCCCCUGCGCUUUCCGCGGCGUCCACCAGCCCCCCUUCGAGCAGACAUUCGCCUCCGAGGCCGUCUACCUGCUCAGCUACUUCUACGACCGCACACAGGACCUCGGUAUGCCUGAGUCGUUCACCCUGCGCGAGCUGGGCGACUUGGCGCAGAAAGUCUGCCAGGGCGAGAAGGGCUGGGAUGUGUUUCAGGGCGUGCCUAAUGCUAUGGAUGAGCUAAGGGGACGGCCCGAGUGGUGUCUUGACCUGAACUUUCAGCUUGCCCUGCUGCAUACUGGGUAUGGCAUGCCGCUUGAUCGCGAGGUUAAGAUCGCGAAACAGGUCAAGGGGAAUGAGCUGGGUUGGUGUCUGGGUGCUAGUUUGCCCCUCCUCGAGGCCAACUCGGGCUGGCAGUGCAAGAUCAAGGAGAUUCACUAGUCGCGGUCUCCCUUGCUCUAUUGAAUCUGCCCCGUCGCGAGGCGGGAGUAGUCAUGUUAUCGAAUAGAUCUUUUUUGGAUGUCGGCAUGUUGGCGUUUUUGGGACUGUUGGACCCCGGUUGUUUUGUUUUGUUUUGUGGGAGGUGUACGACGCAUGUGGUAUGGUAGACUUUGUGCUUCGUAUUCGCUGGGUAUUGGGCGGACGGGAGAUGGUGCAGUCAGGCAAUUAGUAUCAUGCUAGAAAGACUGAAAUCCAAAUGCUACACAUUCAACAAACAGAGACUGAUGGGAUAUCAAAC